CAGGCUCGCACCGCCCUCCCGCCAUGCCAGUCCCGGGGCUCAGCGGCCAGGCGCUGGUCCCGGCCGCUCUGGCGCUGCUACUCGUGGGCGUAGCGCUCCGAGUCUUCGAGGGCGGCGCCGGACCGCGGCCCCCCGCAGGCGAGGCAUCCCGAGACGAGCAGCGGAAGACGUCGGAGGAGCCUCGGGCGGCUGGUCCACCGUGGGGGCCACUGCCCUUGGGAGCCUUGUAUGCCGUGGGCGUCCUGGCCUUCGUGCUGCGCCGGUGUCUGCAGGGACAAGAUGAGGCCGAAGUUUCCCCAAAGGAGAAGCCCACCGAGAAGGACCUUUUGCACAGAGAAGAGCAACUGGCCCAAAAGCUAGCGAAGACAGAGCAACUUCUGGGCGGCCUGCUGGAUCAGCUGGACCCUCUCUUUGAGCGUGUGGACGCUCUGGCUGGAGCCCAGCAGGACCUGCUGACCUUAAGACUUCAGACCAUCAGCCAGCUGUUAAAGGACAAGGGGCUGGACACCACUGCAGCUUCCCAAGAGUACAACCCCCCUAUCCAUGAGGACCCGAGUGCUGAGGAAGAUGAUGGCAGUGACCUUCAGACCUGGGGUUGGGGGGAGGAACCUGAGGAGAGAGGAACUGAGGCCUGGGCUCCACAUGUCUCCUGGGACCAAUUUGGGGAAAAUGGAAAGUUGUGGGGACUCAGGAGGAGGAAAUGGAUUACAGGAAUCCAAGUCACAGACUAAGAAUGAGAUUUAGCCUCUCAGAGGUUAAGGGAAUAGUAUCAGUUUUGGAGAGCCUGGCAAGGAAUCAAAAGCUCAGAUUUGAGGAAAAAGGCUCUGUUCAAGGAGCUGAGAAGUUUUAAUAAAAAUAAAUUUUAUUCUAUUUAAAUAUA